GAGGAGGAGGAGAGGAAGAGGAGAGGAGCUGAAGGUCACAGCUGGCGGAGCAUCCUCAUCCUUCCUGCUCGUCUGCUGCUGCUCCACCCGUCCGUGCUCCCUCCAUCCAUCCCUCCAUCCAUCCCUCCAUCCAUCCCGCCGUCACCAUGGGCAACCGCGGCAUGGAGGACCUGAUCCCGCUGGUGAACAAGCUGCAGGACGCCUUCUCCUCCAUCGGCCAGAACGCCGUGCUGGACCUGCCGCAGAUCGCCGUGGUGGGGGGGCAGAGCGCCGGCAAGAGCUCCGUGCUCGAGAACUUCGUGGGCAAAGACUUCCUUCCCCGGGGUUCAGGGAUCGUGACCCGUCGUCCUCUGGUCCUGCAGCUCAUCAACUGUCCCACAGAGUAUGCAGAGUUCCUGCAGUGCAAAGGGAAGAAAUUCACCGACUUCGAUGAAGUUCGUCAGGAGAUUGAAGCUGAAACGGACCGAGUUACAGGACAGAACAAAGGAAUCAGUCCGGUCCCCAUCAACCUGAGGGUGUACUCCCCCAACGUGCUGAACCUAACUCUGGUGGACCUUCCCGGGAUGACGAAGGUCCCGGUGGGCGACCAGCCGGCCGACAUUGAGCAGCAAAUCAGAGAGAUGCUCAUGCAGUUCGUCACCAAAGGAAACUGCCUCCUAUUGGCGGUUUCUCCUGCCAACUCCGAUCUCGCCAACUCUGACGCCCUGAAGAUCGCCAAGGAGGUUGACCCGCAAGGUCUGAGGACCAUCGGUGUCAUCACCAAGCUGGACCUGAUGGAUGAAGGAACUGAUGCCAGAGACAUCCUGGAGAACAAACUGUUGCCGCUGCGCAGAGGUUACAUCGGCGUGGUGAACCGCAGUCAGAAAGACAUUGACGGGAGGAAAGACAUCACUGCUGCUCUGCAGGCUGAGAGGAAGUUCUUCCUGUCACACCCCUCCUACCGUCACCUGGCCGACCGCAUGGGCACCGCCUACCUGCAGAAAAUCCUCAACCAGCAACUCACCAACCACAUCCGGGACACGUUGCCGGGGUUACGCAGCAAACUCCAGAGCCAGCUGUUGUCCAUCGAAAAAGAGGUGGAUGAGUACAAGAACUUCAGACCUGAUGACCCGAGCCGCAAAACCAAGGCACUGCUGCAGAUGGUGCAGCAGUUCGCGGUGGACUUUGAGAAGCGGAUCGAGGGUUCUGGAGACCAGGUGGACACCUACGAGCUGUCGGGAGGAGCUAAGAUCAACCGUAUCUUUCACGAGCGUUUCCCCUUCGAACUUGUCAAGCUGGAGAGCGAUGAGAAGACGCUGCGUAAGGAGAUCAGCUACGCCAUCAAGAACAUCCACGGAGUAAGGACGGGUCUGUUCACACCGGACAUGGCAUUCGAGACCAUUGUGAAGCGACAGAUGGCUCAGAUCAAGGAUCCGUGUCACAAGUGUGUGGACAUGGUGAUCACGGAGCUGGUCAACACGGUCCGCCAGUGUACACAGAAGCUGGCUCAGUACCCGCUGCUCCGAGAGGAGAUGGAGAGAAUCGUCACUCAGCACAUCAGAGACAGAGAGAGUCGAUGCAAAGACCAGGUGUUUCUGCAGAUUGACAUUGAGCUGUCCUAUGUGAACACCAACCACGAGGACUUCAUCGGCUUUGCAAACGCGCAGCAGAAGAGCAAUCAGGCAAACAAGAAGAAGACUGCAGGGACCCAGGACGAGAUCAUGGUGAUCCGUAAAGGCUGGCUCACCAUCAACAACAUCAGCAUCAUGAAGGGCGGAGCUAAAGAGUACUGGUUCGUCCUGACGGCCGAGACUUUGUCCUGGUACAAAGAUGACGAGGAGAAGGAGAAGAAGUACAUGCUGUCUGUGGACAACCUGAAGCUGAAGGAUAUUGAGAAGAGCUUCAUGUCCAGCAAACACAUCUUCGCCCUGUUCAGCACUGAACACAGGAAUGUGUACAAGGACUACCGUCAGUUGGAGUUGGCCAAUGAGUCUCAAGAGGAGGUGGACGGCUGGAAGGCUUCUUUUCUACGUGCUGGAGUGUACCCUGAACGCAGCGUGGAUAAAGAAAAGGGGGAGGCAGAGGAGUCCAGCACCGACGGCCAGAUCCACAGUAUGGACCCUCAGCUUGAGCGACAGGUGGAGAUCGUCAGGAACCUGGUGGAUUCAUACCUGGCCAUCAUCCACCGCACCGUCAGAGACAUGAUCCCCAAGACCAUCAUGCACCUGAUGGUCAACAACACAAAGGAGUUCAUCCACUCUGACUUGCUGGCUCAUCUUUAUUCCUGCGGAGACCAGAACACCCUGAUGGAGGAGUCCCAGGAGCAGGCCACACAUCGAGAUGAGAUGCUCCGGAUGUACCACGCCCUGAAGGAAGGCCUCAGUAUCAUCGGGGACAUCAGCACCUCCACCAUCACCACGACGAUGCCUCCACCCGUCGAUAACUCAUGGCUGGAGGUGACAGGAAUGCCAUCUGGGCGCAGGUCUCCCAUGUCCAGUCCGACUCCACAGCGCCGGGCUCCUCCUGGUCCACCUCGACCCGGUGGCCGUGCUGCCCCCGGCCCCCCCUCACGUCCCGCGGUGUCACCUGAUCCUGGCCCUCCACCAUCCGUCCCCUCACGGCCCAACAGAGCACCCCCGCCUGGCGUCCCCAGUCGUCCCACUAAAGGUAGCCCCGCCCAUGGAGAAAGCCCCCAGUCCUCCAUUGACGGUUAAACUGGAGAAAGUGUGUUUUUGUGUUUCUUUGAACCUUUGUCAGUGAUGAUGAUAAUUAUUCGCUCGUUAACGACCUGUGAACCGGCGCCGAGGCGGCAGAAGUUUCAGGCGGGACAAGGCGUGUCCCCCAUCAGCCAACCUGUCUCCCCACACACACUAACAUACUGAAGACUUAGAGACGUCAAACAUGUGAAUAUGUCUCACUUCUCUCUGGAUAUGCAGACCUGCUGACUGUCCCCUUCAGCUCCUUGAUUGUUAUUUCCUCCUCCUUGGUGUCUCCUCUGUAUAAAGCUAAGAUUAUUCCAGAUGUUUAUUCACAUGGUCAAGUACAGAUAACAGUUCUAAUAUAGUGUAUCCAUAUAGUAUAUAUUGUGUAUCCAUUUAUUGAUUGAUUUAUCACCUGCAGCUGUAAAGUUAUGUGUUUAAAACAUCCUGUUUUACUGCUAACUGUUCCCCCAACUCUUAAACUACCACCUGGAUCUGACCAAUUACAACUGGAGUCUUAUUGAUCAAGCUGGUUCUGCCUGGUUUUUACGAGGUCCAGGAAGAUCCGGCCUCCUUUAGCUUGUCCUUACCAUAACAACCUGUUUUCUUUCACAAUGGUGCUAACAUGUACCUGCUGCUUCUAAAUGGUUCCAAGGAGCUCCAGCUGGUUCCCUUUGGAUAUUGCGGGUCUCCCAUGGGGGCAAUAGCCCAUUUCAGCCACUUUCAACUGGUUCUAACUGGUUCCAGGGGUCCAACUGAUUCCUGUUAUGGUUUACUGGUUCUUGAUGGGUGAAGUGUCCUGUUCCGGCUGGUUCCAGUUGGCAUCAAUAGGUGAACCGUGUGAGAGGGGAAGAAUUUUCUCUUUCCUGAUUGGAGACUAAGACUAGGUGUAGGCAACCCUGGUCCUCGAGUGCACUGUCCUGCAUGCUCUAGAUGUUCCCUGCAUCAACACACCUGAUUCUAAUUAAUGGUCAGCAUCCGCUUUUUUUCAACGUCUGCACAACUUUGCUAAGUACAGUCACUCAGGGUGUGAUGAAGCAGGGACACAUCUAAAACAGACAGCACAGUGGCAUUAGAGGACCAUGAUUGCCUACCCCUGCUGUAGACUGAUGUAGCAGCUGGGUUUCUUUAGCGCCAUCAGGUGGAGCUUUGGUACCAACAGUUUCCAUUGGCAGUGGUCCAGAUUGAAACCUCAGAGGCUACAACUAGCUGUACAACUGGGUUCUUGUUGUUCCUUUCAGUCUUUGUGAAUCCAUGACAGUGCUUAAACUUUGGAAGGGACAUUAGCAGAAUUAUGAGGUGAUGUAAUCAUUCUUUGACAGUUUUGACGCAACAUGAACAUAGAAACCAUGUUGAUGCAAAACCUGAAUUAAGAAAGUGAUAUGAUCUUCUGCCUUUACACAAGAGCAGAACCAGAUUUUUUGGGCCGUGCUGUGCCUAUCCAUGGACUCUAUAAAAGCAACCAGACAAAUCCUCUGAGACAUCACCCACAGGGUUCUGAAGAAUGCUUUUGAAGGAGACUUGGUCAUUACCUUCUUAGCAGGAGCUGCCUUUGUCCAACCUCCAGUUAAUCCAAAACUGCACAAAUAAGUGGAAUGAACAAGAAUGGCAGCUGGUUGGAACAAUUCUUAGAUCAGUUACCACAAGUUAUUUAUUUUAGCUUAGCCUAUGUCGUACUGACCUGUGAUGCUAACUACCGUUACCUUACACUCAUUCUGAUAAAUUCUGACAGAAUAAAACAACCCUGGACCCCUGCUCAUGGAAGCCUGUAACCAGGAAAGUCUCAGUGUAGUGAUCUGGUCAAAAUGUUGUUUUUACUUGAAAAUGAUGAUGUAAUUGUUGCAUGGAAGUGUGUAAAACAUGUCGAAAUUCAAUGUUUUGGUGUUUGUGUUUGGGUCCCUAAAUCUUUGAUGAACUCAGGCUCAUUUGGAAAUAUUGUUUUGUUACCGAUAAAACUGCUAAGUACAUUAGAUUAGAACUUUGUGACCCGAUGUUGCGCCUGUAGUCAUACCUGCAAUAAUCAUAGGCAUUAAACUGCCUCAGGUACAUCAUCUACAAUCAUCACAAGUGUAACAUCUGUAGCUUUGACCAGUAUUUACAUUUGCAGCUGAUGUUGGUUUUUAUUGAUGACUUUGAACUGUAACUGUUGAUCUACCUGCUCUAUGUUUGUGUAUGUGGUUGUGUAGUAUUAGCCUAGCUUGUAGCUCCAUUUAGUUGCAUUGCACUGCUAGCAUUAGCCAAGCUCUGAGCGGCAUUCAGCUGCAUUGUAGUGCACGCAUUAGUGUUAGCAUUAGCUUAGCUCAUAGCUGUGCUCAGCUGCAUCACAGUGCAAGUAUUAGUGUUAGCAUUAGCCUAGCUCAUAGCUAUGCUCAGCUGAAUAGCAGUGCUAGCAUUAGUGUUAACGUUAGCUUAGCUCAUAGCUGUGCUCAGCUGAAUAACAUUCAGAGCAUUCGUGUUAGCAUUAGCUUAGCUCAUUCCUGCGCUUUGCUGAAUAGCCAUUAACAUUAGUGUUAGCAUUACCCAAGCUCUGAGCUUCAUUCAGCGGCAUUGUAGCGCUAGCAUUAGUGUAAGCAUUAUCCUAGCUGCAUAACAGUGCUACCUGAAUAACAUUCAUAGCAUUAAUGUUAGCAUAAGCCUAGCCCUAAGCUGCUUUUCAGUGCUAGCAUUAGUAUUAGCAUUAGCCUAGCUCAUAGCUGAGCUCAGCUGAAUAGCAGUGCUACUAUUAGUGUUAGCAUUAGCUAACUUUGUCAGAGCAUUAAGUGCAAUCACCAUGGCAGCAGGAUGUGUUUUGUAGCUGUGCAGUGUUUUAUCUGUUCACAUUUGUGAUAGCAUGCCCAGUAAGCUGUUGAGUGCUUGUGAAGGUUGUGUGUCAAAGUAAAGUGUUGCACAUCUCUGCGGCAGCGAGGUGAGCGCAACUCGUCCUCCCACACACACCUGUACUCAUGUACACCCCCUCUGUGAAAUACUGUAUCUAAAGUAUCUAUAUGAAUCUUAAUUGUACAAAAUAUCAAAUGUCAUGUAUCUACCACACUGAGAUAUGCAGUGGCCCACACUCUAGUGUAAGUGUGUGUGUGUGCGCGUGUGUGUGUGUGUGUGCGUGUGUGUGUGCGCGUGCGUGUGCGUGUGCAUGUGUCUGCAGUUUUGUUGUGUAUCAGGGCCAACAUGUUUACUUGAAUAAAGUUAUGUGAAUGAG